UGCAGAUUUUGAAUUCUUAAUUGUACCCGACAGAACCGUUCAAGGGAUCAGUGGAGAUUACGUGUAGGGCUAGAACACGGAACAAACUUUCUUGAUCUCGUGAGCUGCAAGAGAUCUUUUGUUUUGACAAAGGCUAAGAAUAUCUGUAUAUAAAAGAACGCGUGACUCUCAGUUUGUUAAGAAACGACUGGCGCUGCAAGUGAAAAGUUCAAGUUUUCAGGAUUGUAAUUUGCGACAUUAAGACUUGAAGUGAGCUCUCGUAACGAUGUUCUCGCAAAAAGGACUUCAGAGACAUCCAGUAAAUAAGUGGAAUGAGCGAGAUGUCUGCAGAUGGCUGAAGAAAAGAGGGUUGGGAAAACUUUGGAGAAAUUUCCAUGAUAAAAAGAUUGAUGGCAAAGUUUUACUACAAAUCACAAGUCAAUAUCUUGAUCGCCUCGGAGUAUCAAACCCAACAUCACGUGAUAAGCUUUUAGCAGCUGUUCACGAACUCAAGUUGUUUGGGGGCUCUAUUCCAGAUGAGAGAAUGUUUCGCAGUCCACGGCCCAAAAGGAGGUCCCUUCCAGCCCGGCCUGUCGGCAUGCAAGAAAUUUUACUAAAGGGAGCGUUGUCCGAUUCGACAGAGAAAGGUAACUCAGCAGUUAGUAUAAGAGAACUCGUGGAGAGGAAAACACCGCAGAGGGUUCUUCAAGAACAGACUGAGGAGAUGUUAUCUGAGCCAGAGAAGGGAACAGUGCAAGUGCGCACACCUGGACUAACCCCUGACACCGAAAUUACAAACAUCGAAAUCACCAAUCGGACAACAAGUAAGGAGCUAGUCCAUAUGCUGCUAGAGAAGUAUCAUGAGCUUUCAAAGGAUCAUAAUCUGUUUUAUAUUGCGGUGGAGAUUGAAAUUCAGAAGAAAGAUUCUAGUCUCCCGAUGUCACAGAUGAUGGUACUGGCUGACGAUGCCCGUCCUUUGCAAAUUCAAUCCCGUCAACCAACAGGGGAGGCCAAAUUUCAUCUGAAGAUGAGAAGCGGCGGACUGCUAAGAGUUCAAGCUGGAAUUUUGAGCCCUGGGGCAACCUACAAAUGCGUGCAGAUAUCUCGGAAAACCAGAGCUGACGAGGUCGUAAAGAUGAUUUUGUCUAGCUAUGGCAGCGAUGCGCCCCCUGAGAAGUUUGUCCUAGUGGAAAGAUUGUCAGAUUCAGAAGCUGGUCGUAUCUUAGAGGCAGACGAGUGUCCAUUAGAAGUACAGUCUCAGUGGGAGACUGGUGAUCAGGGAACGUUCACUUUAACUCAAGCCGAGUUUGAGGGUGUCCUCCUUAGUGACGAAAAGAAUCCACCAAAUCAACAAGGAUCUUCUAGUGACAACGAAAUGAACACCACAAGUGUUAGCGACCAAAAAACUACCUCGUCCGCUUCAGAAACAGAAGACAAGGAAAAUAUGGAAGAAGCGCGCAAGGGCCAAACUUCAAUCGAUGCGUUAGACUUACAGACUGUCAAUCAAGUCAAGCGUAAAGUUUCGCAAAUAGACAAUUUGAGACACAAAUUCCAGGAAUACCAGGAAUUCCAUGGGAACCACAAGAAGACCACUCAAUCGAGUUCAAAUGAAGCAUUAGUUCAAGAGCCUAAGAAACGCAAAGUUUCGCAGAUUGAUCUCUUCAGGAGCAAAUUUCUAGCGUAUUAUGGUGGUAAAAUGGAAGGGCCUGGCGAUUUGGAUCCGUUGAGUGAGAUUGUGAAGGCCAGCGAAACUGCUGGCAAAAAUGGACUAAAAAAGAAAUCGUCUCCAUCGCGAUCCCCUUCGAGUGAACAUUCUGAUGGUGAAGAACUACCACGUUUCUCAUCUUCACCUCCUCCAUACCUCAGGGAUAACAACAACAACAACAACAAUAAUAAUGAUAGAAACAAAAGCAACGGCAGUAAAAUUAACGACGCUUCACUUAAAGACUUGAAAAUUAAGAACAACAGGAAGGAUCCUGCUCCCGAGAUAUCACAUCUACCACGUCUUAGUUUAGCAAGUGUUCUUCAACGCUGUAAACUCAUGACUGUGAUUCUCAACAGAGAAGCAGAGGAGUCUUGGGGCAUAGAGCUAGUUCACGUCACUAAAACAGGGUCUUCGGUGAGCCCGAAUGAUAAUAACGAGAAAGACUGGGACGAUGAGAAAGUAGUUUAUGUUCAACAUAACGGACCCGGACAGAACUCGAUUAUAAACACGUCUUGCGCAGGCAAUGUUGGUAAUCAGUUGUCUGAGCCGACCUCACCCCUCUCCGAGAGCUCAUCAGGUUCCAGCGAGCAGGAAAUAGCGACCAUUUUAGGAACAGAGGAACGAUCAAGAUCUGUGACAGAGAAGUCGAGUGAAGACAUGCGCCAUAUUGUACACAAACAGAACAUUCACAGAAGAAUGGGAACCAUAAUGAAACCUGCCUUAAGUCCCAUUUCAUCGAGGCCUUGUUCAGCAUCUCAAAUGCGACCCUCUAAUCCCUUAACGCCAAGACCCUCUUCCGCACUUGCGCAAUGGAAAAAGGAGGGCAGUCCUCAGCCUCGUCCUGGUGUGCGCAUUGUGGCACUGACGGAGGGAGGGGUGGCGGAGAGAAGCAAAGAACUGGCUGUGGAUGAUUUGAUUGUCGAGAUAAAUGGCCAGUUCGUGCUCAACUCUCCACUAGAACCUGUCAUCGCUGCGAUGAAAGAAGCUGAUUCAGUUUCUCUUGUUGUGGCGAGAUCCAAGCUCUCUGAAGUAAAACCGGAAGAAAAAGACAAUAAAACUGAUUACAAAGACGAUAUCAAAGCCUUGACGCUGCAGAUACAGAAUCUUGUGACUAGAGUCAGCGAGAUGCAGAACGACUUGAAAAAGAAAGACGACAAAAUAAAAACCCUGAAGAAAAUGGUCAAGAAAAAUAGCGGAGACGGAAAAGGGAAAAUUUACGAGUCUGUUCAAGUACUUGUUUAGCAAUCUGUGAAACGCAUCUCACCACGUGUCGAAAAUAGGGGGGGGGGCUACUUUGUAUGGGCGUGGCAGGGGGGAAACUCCAAUACCAAUGUCUCGCAGGCAUUUAGGGCCAUACCGGCUUUCUUUACUUUUAAGACAGAGAAUUUCACUCUUACAAGAGAAGUGGAGGGUUACGUGCGCCCAAGACAGCCCAUUUCCCUUUUUUCCGAGCAGGUGCUUCGACCAGGUUUUAACUGACACGAAUCACAGUCAACUUAGGAAAUGAAUGUGUAGAUAGCUAGGCAUCGUCCCCAACAAACAGAAAUAUUUAAUACUUUGACAUAUUUCAAUCAGAAGGCAUCAAAGGUAUAUCACAGAACACUCAAAACCUAGCCUUGGCCUUAGGCUAAAAGUCCACUUAAUUUCACCCUUUAACUCCCAAGAUCUCAUUAAAAAUUCUCCUUACUGUCUGCAAUACAAUUCUUAUGAUGUUUUUUCCUGAGAAUUUG